AUGUUAAUUGGUACUGGAAAAGCUACAUGUUCAGAGUUUUCCCAGAGGUCCUGUGAAGAAUGUCUAAAAAAUGUUUCGUGCCUUUGGUGUUACACCAACAACACUUGUAUUGAUUACCCUGUAAGAAGCAUUCUUCCACCAUCUUCGUUAUGUUCACUCUCAAAUGCACGAUGGGGAGUUUGCUGGAUGAACUUCGAAGCUUUAAUUAUUGCUAUAGCUGUAGUAGUUGGACUCAUUCUGCUAUCCAUAGCAGUCUGUUGCUGUUACUGCUGUUACUGCAGAAGGCAUUCCAGGAGACCAGAUGAAGAAGAAGAACAGCUAGCUAGAAAGAGAGAGGAACGAAGACUACAGUCUCUUCAGAGGAAACAUGAAAGAAAACUGAAGCAUGAUGAAAUACGUAAGAAGUAUGAGUCUGGGAGUGCCUUCAUGAAUCUGCAGUGUGCCCUUUGGCUGAUGCAGAAGCGAUACGGAUAA